AUGGGGCUGGCUACGGCGACGGGAGCCUCAAGGGGGCCCCCGGGGGCCCCCCCUGCGCGGCAGCUGGGGGCCCUCCCUAAGCAGCAGCAGCAGCAGCAGCAGCAGCAGCGGCAGCAGCAGAAGCAGCGGCAGCAGCAGCAGCUCCAGCAGGCAGCAGCAGCAAGGGAUGGCUUCACCUGCAGCAGCGAAGCAGCAAAACAAACGCUGCACAGGACCUUCUUUCGCAGCAGCGGGGUGCCCCCUGGGGGCCCCCUUGGGGGCCCCCAGCAGUACCCUAAUGGGGGCCCCAUCAAGAGGGCCUGGGCUGAAGUGCUGCAUGCAGCAAAAUACAAAAAGAUUGAAAAGGCAAACAAACGAGGGUUCCUUUUCAUCAGCAGCAGCAGCGGCAGCAGCAAACGGAAUUUCGCCAGCUUUGCUGCUGCUGCUGCUGCAGCGGCGGCAGCAGCAACGCGUCAGACAGCAGCAGGAGGAGCAGCUGCUGAGGCAGCAGCGCAGCAGCGCAGCAGCAGCAGCAGCAGCUUCCUUUGUGGCUCUAUAGGAAGGGCCUCAAAGCGUUGCAGCCCCCUCUUCGCUGCUUCUCCAGCAGCAGCAGCAGCAGCAGCAGCAGCAGCAGAUCUUCGCGCUGCAGCAGAAGGCCUCGCAAUUGCUGUUCCUCCACCUGAAGGCCCCGAAGGGAAAAAGCUGGCUGAGGAGUUACAGAAGAUUCUUGCUGCUGCUGCUGAGGCCCUCGACAGCAAGCCGCAGCAGCAGCAGCGAGAAAAGAGCAAACAGCGGCAGCAGCAGCAGCAGCAGCAGCAGCAACAGGACUGCAUCCCUUUGAGUUGGCUAAGAACUGAUUCGGCGCGUCUCUUUGCACCUCCUGCAGAGCCAUUUGGGCCCCCCUGCAGCUGCCACAGCAGCAGCAGCAACAGCAGCAGCAGCAGCUGCAGCAGCAGCAGCAGCGCACCGCCUGCUGAGGACGCAGCGGGACUUUAG